AUGGUGAUUACUGGUGUUGGAUCCGGGCUGAAGAUUGCUGGUCUCAGUGAGGACUUGCUAGACCCAAGGUAUGUGCAAGCUCACAACCUGCCAGACUACAAGUACGUUUCUGAUAAUGGCCUGACAGAGCAACUCACUGAGUUAAAGAUUCGUUCCAUAGUUCUAGGCGCAGGCGCCUCCCUCCGCUUGGAGAACUUGUCAUUUACCGGCGUCAUCACAGCUGCGCCUUUUGAGAAGGUGAAGCUUCAGCUGGUAAACUGCCACGUCCGUGACAGUCUCCGCAUGGUUGAACCUCACUGGCUGGAGCUAGAUCCCGGCGUGGAUGCAGAAGUGAGCAUCACUAGGAGCCUCAUAUCGACGGAUGCAGCUGCGGAGGAAGCAAAGAACCUGAGUGUGACGGUGGAGGAGUCUUCGCUGGAUGUCAGAUCAGGUUUCAGAGUCUUCAACAGCACUUCGCAGAUUGUGAUGCACCGGGUCCAGGCUAAGUGCAAAGAUAUUUGCGUAGAACUGAAAGAUGGCCAACCAGAGCUACAGGUCAGCCAGUCCCGUAUAUUUGCGAAAAGCGCUUUCAGUGCUGAUUCAACAUCUCUUGUUUCGGUGAGUAUCAGCGAGUGUCACAUGGAGCAGAACCUCGAUGAUGGCGGGGAUAGGGGCACUGCCGUAAUCAUUGGGGACAGGUACAAGCGAGGCAUGCCCGGCAAGUUGAAGCUGCAGUCCGUCUACAUUCAAUCUUUCAAAGACGGGGUGGUUCUUGGAAACAAUAUCUCGGCUUCCUUGACGGAUGUGGUGAUUCUCUACAUGCAAAAUGCAGGGCUUACUUUUAGAGGAGCCGACUACAUGAUGAUGAACGCAACGAACCUCACGGUGGCAUACUGCAGGCUUGGCAUCUUUCUAUCUAGCCUUGCAGACGGGUAUGCAAGCGUGACAGGGUUCUGGGCCCUCAACUAUGAAGGGAAUUGGCUGGGCAAGGACGACCCCCGAAUGAAUUUCACUCACGACGGUUGCUUCAGAGUGUUUACAGCGAACUGGGGGUACGGGGGGUUGUUGCACUUAGUAUACUUCGUCUUCUGCUGCGCUCUCGGCACGCUCUGUUUAGAAUGGUGCCUCAAGAUGCACUUCUUGCACGCUGAACGGGCGAAGCGUGGCUGCUUCAUCGCAGGCAUCUACAUCGCAGGAGCUGCUAGCGUGGCCUCCUGGCUGUUUGCCCUGGGCGUCCCAGUGCAAAUGUAUCUCGACUCGUACCUGCUGCGCAACAUCCUGCACGAGCGUCUUGUAGAGCCGAUAUUUGAUCCAGUCGGAAAUGGUUUAGAUGAUUUCAGAAGCGCCAUCACCGGUCCGAAUUCACUCUUCAUGUUUUACACUUUCGUCGCUUUGGCUGCAGCAGUGGUUUACCUGUACUUCACCGUCUGGCGUCGCAUCGGAGAUUUCAGAGCCAUGGCUGAACUCAGGGAAGCCGAGGAGCUCAACAAGCAGAAGGAUGAGUUGAAGAAAUCCCUGGACAACAUCGAACUGCGAGAGGCCAUGUGUGCGAAUGCCAUGUCCCAGAUGCACAGCAAGCUCUUCCGGAUCAUGUCCCAAGGGGAUGAGGUCGCACAAUCUUUGUGGCUGACCAUAGAGAUGAGCCCAAAGGCCUCAAACGAGUUGAGGACCCCACACCCCUACAGCAUGUACAACGCCGUGCACUCUGGUAAGGGCGAGGCAGCGGAGAUCUUUCAGAAAAUGCAGGAGAAGGCCAUUGCAGAGAACGAGCGCAUUGCCAAGUGGUUUGUCCAGCGUCGUGACUGCUAUGCCGAAGAAUCCCGCGGCAAGCGCCUGCAGGAGUUGGAGGCCAUUGAGUCCAUCACCGUCUCCGAGCCGGUGCAGCUGCCCUUGCCGGAGUCUGUCAAAGACGAGAAGGCUGCAAUUGAUGUCCUCUACCGAGCUGGGAGCUGGCUGCGGGGCUUUUUCAAGCAGGAGCUUCGUGAGAUCUGCAAGGAAGUGAACGGAAUCAAAAGCAAAGCAGAUCUCAUCAACCUCGGCUUCGGUGAGUUGCAGUUUGAUCCCAUCACGCAUCCCUUGCAGCCCAAUCAGCAAGCAGAGGUGGGCCAGCACGUGGGCUUGCUGGUGGCACCCAUCAAGGCCAAGGAACGAGCGCAG